AAAUAGACCAUUGUCACCAUGGUUGCUCUUGUAGCAACAUAACACCGUAUUUAUCUCUAUCUAUCCUCCAUAGCUGCUGGGGCAGCACCUACCCACCCCACCCUGCGGGCUUCACUACAUUGGAAUAUAAUUAAAAUAAUCAAAUGGGUCCUCUUACUUUAGCCAUUCACUCUAAUAACUCAACUUCUUCUUCAUCAGAUGUAUCAAGUGGGAAAUCACAAACAUUGAAGUUGAUACCGAAAAAAUCUUUUGCAUCAGUCAGCAUAGGGGAAGAAAAGCCGUUUGAUUUCUUACGAACCUUAAUUGACGGUUUUAUAGCGGGAGGUACAGCUGGAGUUGUCGUGGAAACAGCUUUAUAUCCAAUUGAUACGAUUAAGACGAGACUUCAGGCAGCCCGGGGUGGCGGAAAAAUUGUUCUCCAGGGGCUAUAUUCAGGAUUGGCUGGAAAUCUUGUUGGUGUUUUACCGGCUUCUGCCUUGUUCGUUGGCGUUUAUGAACCUGCAAAAAAAAAACUGUUAAAGAUGCUUCCUGACAAUCUUAGUUCUGUUGCGUAUCUGACAUCAGGUGCAAUUGGAGGAAUUGCUGCAUCUCUUGUACGCGUUCCAACAGAGGUUGUAAAGCAAAGAAUGCAGACUCGUCAAUUUGCCUCAGCUCCUGAUGCAGUCCGGCUUAUUGUUGCCAAGGAGGGUUUUAAAGGUCUAUAUGCGGGAUAUGGAUCAUUUCUCUUGCGAGAUUUGCCUUUUGACGCUAUCCAGUUCUGUAUAUAUGAGCAACUUCGGAUUGGCUACAAGUGGGCUGCACGUAGAGACCUCUACGAUCCUGAAAAUGCAGCAAUUGGUGCCUUUGCUGGUGCACUUACCGGAGCUAUAACGACUCCACUUGAUGUCAUAAAAACUAGGUUGAUGAUUCAGGGAUCAGCAAACCAGUACAAAGGAAUAGUUGAUUGUGUGCAGACAAUCUUGAGAGAGGAAGGACCUCCUGCCCUUCUUAAGGGUAUUGGGCCACGUGUGCUGUGGAUAGGAAUCGGAGGUUCGAUAUUCUUUGGUGUUUUGGAAAGAACAAAGAAAAUCCUUGCCCAACAAUCGCUGCAGCCAUCUAAUCAUCAAACUACUGAGCCCCCCAAGCAAGAUUAAGAUGACAAUUUUGUAUACCCUCGUUGCUAGAUUAUGGGUGGCUGUUUAUACUCGAGCUUUUAUGUGAGAAUGAGCCAAUAAUAUACAAUUCUCAUGUGUAUGCCAAUAACAUAAACUUUUCAGUUAUAUCAGUAACAGCAUGUAAUGCACAACUGCAGGAGCUAAUGCUAUUUGUGGGUACUGUGUGUGUGCUAGAAUUAAUUGGUAAGAAUUAAUCUGUAGUCUGUUAAACAUAGGUUUAUUGAGCAAUACCUUGUUUUACA